AUACAAACAACAAAAAUGUCUAACCAAAGGGCCCUUGUUUUCAUUUUAAGCUUGUUGGCAGCUGACACUCUAGCUGCGGAAUACGUUGUCCGGCCUCUCAAGAUUGAUCUUUCGAGUGACGUCCCACGAAUGCUCUCAUUGGUCAACAAUACCCAGCUUCCCGAUGAGCCUCAGUACCCGGGUCUAGGCUCCACGUUUGGAACGGACUUGGAUUUCCUGAAGGGCUUGCAAGAACAAUGGCUGAACGAAUUUGACUGGAAUAAGGAGCAGACGACCAUGAAUGACCUGAAGCACUUCACCGUUAUUAUCGAAGGUCUUACCAUCCAUUACGUCCACGAGAAAUCAACUGAACCGAACGCAACUCCCCUGGUUUUGCACCACGGCUGGCCAAGCUCAUUCCUAGAGUUCGAGCCGGUCAUCAAAGAACUAACCAAGCCAGCCAAAACUUCCAAUGGAUCCGACGUUGCUUUCGACAUCGUCGUUCCGCAUCUGCCUGGCUUUGGCUUCUCUAGUCGCCCUCCGGCGAAUUGGACCAGUGAUGAUACAGCUCGCGUCUUUCACACGUUGAUGACUGAAGUCCUUGGCUACGAAAAGUUUGCCGUCCACGGAACUGAUCUCGCUUCCCCUGUUGCCUACGCUUUGUACGACCAGUAUAACAAGACCACGCGAGCUGCGCAUUUCUCCUUCCUGCCUUUUAUUCCACCUCUGCCUGCUGAUAUUGCGGCGGCGAACAUUACGCUGUCGCCGUUGGAAGAGUUUGAAGCGCAGAGAAGCCUCCAAUACUUCGCUUCGCAGGACGCGUAUUCACGACAGCAACAGACAGAGCCUAAUGCUAUUGGUCUGGCACUCUACGACAAUCCAGUCGGCAUUCUAUCGUGGAUCGCAGGGAAGAUCGACACUCAAUGGGCUGAUCCGCGAAGGGGCACUCCUCCUUCGUUGCUUGACGAUAACGAUAUUCUGAAGACCGUGUCGUUCCUACAUCUCACCAAAACCUUUGUGUCCACUGUGUUUGCAUACACACAGAAUUUUGGCGGUUUUUCUGUCGAUUACACCAAAGCUAGGACCGAUGCCCCUAUGCUUGUUAGUAUUUUCAAGUACAACACUAUCUUCUGGCCACGCCAGUAUGCUGAAAGGGUCGGAAAUCUUGUACUUUACCGGAACCACGAGUUUGGAGGCCAUUUCCCUGCCACCGACAACCCCCCACAAUUUAUUGACGAUGUUAGAGAGAUCGGAGCCUACUGGCAAUAACUCUACCAGAUGUAAAAUGAAGGCACCUGCAGGGACAUAAGGAUCACUGCAUACUAGUAUAAUACUGCUCAGCUUUACUACCAGUGUGUUCGCAUAGGAUAUCGGUAUAAAAGGGGUGAUACAAUUGCUACGGACAUGCUAGUAC